CUCGUGCCUUAUUUCUUAAAAACCCGUCCAGGUUCAUUCCACAGUUAUUCCUUAAAAGCCCGCCCCGGUUCGUUUUCACAGUGAUCACUCGAUCACCCCUACUCUCUCUGAGACGAAGCUGAACUUCUGAUUUCAAGUAUUACGGUAUGGCUGAGGAGGCAGCGAAAGCAGUGGAGCCUAAUGCGGAAUUGCUAGAAUGGCCGAAGAAGGACAAGCGUCGGUUACUUCAUGCUGUGUAUCGCGUCGGUGAUCUUGAACGUACCAUUAAGUUUUAUACAGAAGGAUUUGGAAUGAUGUUAUUGAGGCAAAGGGAUAUACCAGAAGAGAAAUACUCCAAUGCAUUUCUUGGGUUUGGACCUGAAGAGUCAAAUUUUGUUGUCGAGUUGACUUACAAUUAUGGAGUCACUUCAUAUGAUAUUGGAACUGGUUUUGGGCAUUUUGCAAUUGCAACUGAGGAUGUUUACAAGCUGGUGGAGAAACUUCGUGCCAUUGGUGGCAACAUUACUAGGGAGCCUGGUCCUGUCAAAGGUGGUACAUCUGUCAUCGCCUUUGUGAAGGAUCCUGAUGGUUACAUUUUUGAGCUUAUCCAAAGAGGUCCAACUCCUGAGCCCCUGUGCCAAGUAAUGCUUCGUGUAGGAGAUCUUGAUCGCUCUAUCAAGUUCUAUGAAAAGGCCUUGGGGAUGAAGCUAUUAAGGAAGAUUGACAGACCUGAGUACAAGUACACUCUGGCCAUGGUUGGCUAUGAUGAUGAAUACGAGACGACUGUCCUAGAAUUGACGUACAAUUAUGGAGUUACUGAAUACACCAAAGGAAAUGCAUAUGCGCAGGUUGCAAUCGGUACUGAUGAUGUGUACAAAAGUGGUGAGGUUGUCAACCUUGUAAUACAAGAGCUCGGUGGCAAGAUAACCCGUCAACCUGGACCAAUUCCAGGAAUCAACACCAAAAUUACCUCUUUUCUAGAUCCAGAUGGCUGGAAAACUGUUCUGGUUGACAAUGAAGACUUUCUCGAAGAACUGUUCGGGUAAUUGCUCAAACAGAGGAUUCUGGGCCCACUAGCUACCGAUAUAUGAAGAAUAAGUAAUUCAGUGUUUGUAUUUUUAUCCAUAGCAGCCAGUAAUCCCUGUUUCGAUAUGGCUGUUGCUUGUUUCCACUUGAGAUGAAUGAAUCUGCUGCUACUUCGAACUGAGAGAAAAUGUUGUGUUUAUGAGUGGCAUUUCUGACUUGCAUGGUUAUUAUCAGUUUCCUGCCUCCUCUGGUUCCUCUUCAGCGUUGUGCUAAUAAUAAUCAUAGUUAUAAGAUCCGUAC